AUGUACAUCACCAUUGGCGACGGAGGCAACAGGGAAGGCCUUGCUCUCAAGUUCAUCGAGGACCACAAGUCGGCGCACCUGUCGGAGUUUCGGGAGGCGAGCUUCGGGCACGGCCGGCUGAGGAUCAUCGACGAGACGAGCGCCGUGUGGACGUGGCACCGCAACGACGACGCGUUCGCCACCGUCCGCGACGAGGUCUGGCUGGAGAGCUUGGCCGCCGCUGCAAAACCAGGCCUGGCACCUUCGGCACCACCCACCGGUCGUGACAUUGAUGAGCUCUAG